AUGGCCAUUUCCACUUCUUCAGACUGGUCAUUACCUUCCAUUCACAAAACCCUAACCUUCAAUCCCUCCAACAAUCCCCCAAUUCUUCUCUUCAUCUCCCCCCCCAAUUCUUCAUCUUCUUCAAGAAUCUUCAUCCCCAAUUCCUCCAGCAGCUGUCCACCACCCAUUCUUCAACAUGAUUCCGUCCUCCAAUUUGAUCUCAAAUUGCAAGAUUUCCCAGAUUCAUCCCUCCCCCAAAACCAAGAUCUCAAUCUAUUCAUCUGCAAUCUCUUCAAGGAUUCCAAAACUGAAGAAAUGGGGUUCGAAAAUUAUCAGAAAGCCAAACGAAUCCCGGAUUUUAAACCCACCAGAUCGACAUUGCAUAACCUAAUCAGGUAUUCAUUGCGUUUGAAGAAUUGGAAUUCCAUCUGGUCGAUUUCUCAAGAUUUUGGGGAAUUUAAUGUCUUCCCAGAUGCUUCAUCCUGUUGUCGGUUAAUCAGUAGUUGUAUCCGAUCCAAGAGAUUUAAACUUGCUGAUAAUUUGCUUCAUGUUUUCAAAUUUGAGAAAGAAAUUGCUGUUUUGAGCUUCAAUGCCGCCAUGAGAAGCUAUAAUAAGCUUCAUAUGUAUAGUAGCACCGUUAAGGUGUUUGAUAUAAUGUCAUCUUCUGGUUUGCAAUUAGAUGGCGAGUGUUAUGGCCGCACCAUGGAAGCUUAUCUGAAAAUGGGUAAGAAUCAGAAAGUGAUUUCGUUGUUCACAGAACUCGAAUCUAGUAAGCUCGAGUGGACGUCGUUUUGCUCCCAGAUUUACCGGAUUUUAUGCGAAUCGUUGGCCAAAUCCGGAAAACCGUUUCAAGCUCUAGAUUUCUUUCGGGAAAUGACUGAAAAGGGGUUCCCAGAAGACCCUUCUUUUUACUCGAUAUUAAUCGGUUCGUUUGCCGGCAUUCGAGAAGUGAAAGUAGUCGAAGAUCUUUUGGAAGAAGCCGAAGGCAAGAAGAUGAUUCGGGAUCCAGCCGUGUUUCUAAAGCUAGUAUUAAUGUACAUUGAACUUGGGUUACUUGAAAAGACUCUCGAUGUCGUUUCUUCAAUGAAACGAGUGAGUAUCCGAGUUUCGGAUUGCAUAUUUUGUGCUAUCAUAAACGGGUUCUCAAAGAAACGUGGGCUGAGUUCUGCCGCUAAAGUGUACGAAGAUUUGGUUGCCGAGGGCUGCGAUGCAGGCCAAGUGACCUACGCUUCGGUGCUAAACGUUUAUUGUCGGAUUGGGCUCUACGAAAAAGCCGAAGAGGUGUUUUGGGAAAUGGACAACAAAGGGUUUGAUAAAUGUGUGGUCGCGUACUCGAGCAUGAUUGCGAUGUACGGGAAAGUGAACCGGAUUCGGGACGCGAUGCGGCUUUUGGCUCGGAUGAAAGAACGUGGGGUCGAGCUAAACGUGUGGAUUUACAAUUCUCUCCUUGAUAUGCACGGAAAAAUCUUGAACUUGCGGCAAGUCGAGAAGUUAUGGAAGGAGAUGAAACGAAGGAAAAUCGUGCCCGAUAAAGUCAGUUAUACAAGCGUUAUAAGUGCAUAUAGCAAGGCUCGGGAGUUCGAUAUGUGUAUGAAGUACUAUUACGAGUAUCGGCUUAACGGCGGCGGGAUCGAUCGAAUGAUGGCAGGGAUUAUGGUCGGGGUGUACUCGAAAACCACCAGGGUCGACGAACUCGUGAAGCUUUUGCAGGAUAUGAAAGCCGAAGGGACGGGUUUAGAUUCGAGGCUUUAUCGAUCGUCAUUGAACGCUCUUCGAGACGCCGGUGUGCAUAUACAAAUUAAAUGGUUGGAAGAGAGUUUCGACCCGAGCCUCACACAAAGAUCGAAUCAGAGGCUAUAAUUUUUUUUUUUACGUUUUACUGAUUCAGAGGUUGCCUUUUAAUAUAGUCAUUAAGAGGUAAACAAACAGCCUCCAAGUUGCAAACGUGGGGCAGGUUGGAAGAGGUUUUUUUUAUGGGUAAUUCUUUUCGAAGAACGGUUUCCGAGUCAGUAAUGUUGUAAUAACUUGUACUUUAUGCAUCGGGACUUGUACAUUCAU